AUGGAAACAAGUUGUAUCCGAUGUGGUGAUAAACUUGAGACAGCAGAUCAUGUUCUGUUUGAUUGUCCCUUUGCAAGACAUGUUUGGUUUGGUUGCUCACUCUUUUAUUCUCCACCUACUUUUCCAAAGCUGUCGGAUUGGCUAAAGCAAUGGGACUUAAUCUUCAAAGAGGAUAAGAAGAAGGAUAGGGAAGUUCUAUCUAAAACCCCUUUCAUCAUGUGGUAUUUGUGGAGGGCAAGGAAUGACCUAUGUUUUACUGGGAAAUCUUGGUCUCCACAAGAAGUUAUAAGAGUGGUUGAAAAGGCUUUCUUGGAAUUCUUCUCAACUAUAGCUCCUCCAGUAGCUAGCGAAGCUCCAACACAGCAAGAACCGAGCACUUCUACAUCACCAAUUGGUGUGCACAAGGUGAAUUGUGAUGUUGCUGCCUCUUCAGGAUAUACUAAGGGAGGUCUAAAGCUGAUAGAUAGAGAUCACACAGGAGUACAAUCUAAGGCAGUUUCCAUACCACAUCACUUUCAAUCGGUUUGUCAAGGGGAAGCUCUAUCUAUUCAGAAUGCUUUAACUAUGGCUUUAGCAAAUGGCUUCUCUCAUUUGAUGGUAGAGAGUGAUAGCAAAGAGACGACUGAUUACAUUCUAGACCAAAACCUAGUUGCACCUCUUGUCAUGGCACCAAUCCUCACAGACAUAUGGACCCUCUCCCAUUCUUUCGAUUUGAUCUCUUUUUGUUAUAUUCCAAGGGCUCAGAAUGUUGUCGCUGAUGCCCUGGCCAGGAAGGCCCUGUCACUGAUGUGUGUGAUAGAUUGGCCAGAAUCCACUCCGUGGCUCCAUGAUCUUUUCGUGAAGGAUGCUACUGGUUGUACACAUACUUCUUCUUAA